UUAUUUAGGAGCUUUUCUUUAGUUAAUGUGUUAUUUUUUUCACCCUUAAUUUGGCAGGAGAACCAUUCAUAGAUGGUAAAGCCGUACCCUAUGACCCAAAGUACCAUGAAGAAUGGGUCCGGAAUAAUGCUCGUGCAAAUGAGAGAUCUAGGCGCAAUGACAGACCUCGUAAUUUCGAUAGAUCAAGGAACUUUGAAAGGAGAAGGGAGAACAUGCAGAACUUCCAAAACAGAGAAGCACCUCCUAUGCCAAACCCAAACUUCCGAAGCCAGGAUGGUCCGAACCCUGUGCCACCACCUCCGCCACAUAGUGCCAUGCCACCCAGGGACAUGCCUCCAAUGCCUAAUGCACAGAACGCCAUGCCUCCUAGAGACAUGCCUCCGCCGCCUAAUCGUAACUUCAAUACCAUGCCUCCUAACAUGGGUGGUAUGCCCAACAAUUACCAGAGCCAAAUGCCUCCUAACCCUCAGAGCGGCUAUGCGCCAAACAGUGGACCUGGCUAUCAAGGAAGCCAGGGCUAUCAAGGAGGCAGUCCUGGUGGCGGCAUGCCUGGUGGCCCUGGUUAUCAAGGAGGCGUCCAUGGGUAUCCAGGGGGUAAUCCUGGGGGUGGGAUGCCAGCAGGCUCUGGUUAUCAGGGAGGUGGUCCAGGCUAUCAAGGAGGCAACACUGGUUAUCAAGGAGGGGGGCCUGGCUAUCGGGGAGGCAGUCCAGCUUAUCAAGGGGGUGGCCCUGGUUACGAGCAAGGUGGAUCCGGUUAUCAAGGAGGCAGCCCUAACAAUCAGCAGGGUGGACCUGCUUAUCAAGAAGGCACACCAGCUUAUCAAGGCAGAGACAUGCCUGGAAGAGAUUAUCAAUAGGAACGAUUGCUAGAGAUGCUUGUGCAGAAUUGAAUACGAAGUAGCACUGCUCUCUGUUGUUGAAGCCAUAAUGCAUGCACCAUAAAUUUUAACGAGACUGUAACUUUGUCUGCAUAGGUAGUAUUUUGAUUUAUUGGCUGCUAGUUAUGCCCUCCAGAUUCUCUUUAACAAGCUUGCAAGAACAUGAAACUCUUAUAAGUGUUAAAAGGUUUUUGAAUUUUGAUCUGAAGCUUCUAGUCUUA